UUUGGGUGGGUACCAAUGCCAUACGCCCAUACCCAGUAGUCUCCAUUCCCGAUAGUUGGGUUGGGUAGCGUAAAAAGAGAGAAAUUUGAGAGAGAAGGGUAUUGUAAAUUGUGAUGGUGAUGAAUGAAAGAAAGUAAUAGUAUAGAUAUAAAAAAGGAAAGAAUUAGGCUCAGUCGGAUUGGUGUCUUAAACUCUCAUUUGUCUUCAGAUCCAAUGGCUUCAGAGAAAGAAGCCGCUCUUGCAGCUGUUCCUUCUGAUUCUCCUACCAUAUUUGACAAAAUCAUUAGUAAGGAAAUUCCAUCUAAGGUGGUUUAUGAGGAUGAUGAGGUCCUUGCUUUUAGAGACAUAUCUCCCCAAGCUCCCACACACAUAUUAAUUAUUCCUAAAGUUAAGGAUGGGUUGAGCGGACUAUCUAAGGCUGAGGAGAGGCACUGUGAGAUUCUUGGCCGCCUUCUCUAUACUGCCAAGGUUGUUGCCAAGCAGGAGGGUCUGGAUGAUGGCUUCAGGAUUGUGAUUAAUGAUGGGCCAAGUGGAUGUCAAUCGGUUUAUCACAUUCACAUCCACCUUCUUGGGGGACGACAAAUGAACUGGCCCCCUGGCUAAGAUGGAGUUAUUUGGGCCAUGAUGGUCAAUAAGUUGUCGUCGGUAGUAAUGAUGUGCCUUGUAUCCUCUCAUUGGUAACUAUCAAUAAGCAAACAAUGCAUGUACGGAUUACAGCAAUCAGCUGGUUUGUAGCUACUCAGACUUUUGCUGUGUUAUUCCAUGUGUCUUUUUGGAGCAGUACUUAACAUUUUGGGAUGAGUUCUAAAUAAUUAGAUCAGUAUGGUAUGCUGGGAAAUACUUUGUGAA